AUCAUGGAGAAGAUGAUCAUGGUGUCCACGACGGCGAUGGACCUAUUGCUUCCGAUCCAUCAUGGUGCGAUGUUUUCGCUGCUGCGGCAAAGAACGUCAUCGCUGAAGUCUUUGCGCACGCCAAGACGCCUGUAGAAACGCGACGACAGUUGCAGAAGAACAAAAUGAGACGCGAGGCGGCACGCCAGACAAGAAGAACCAAGGUAGUUCGUCAAACUACUGUUACAGCAACUCGUGACGUCCAGCUCCAGAACCAUGAUGAUCAUCGCGUGACCAAAACCGUCUCGGGAGGAGCUUCUCCUUUUGUCUCAGCUGCGUCAGCAAUGCAGG